AUGGCGCCCGUGAUUUUCCUCGUCCCCGGCCUUUGGGAAGGCCCUUCGGUGUUUGAGCCACUUUCCGCCCUAAUGACUGCCAAUGGUUUCACGACUGAAAGUGCGGUACUGCUCAGUACGGGCACCGUAUCUCCGGGAAAUCCGACCAUGAAGGACGACAUUGCAGCAGUGCGUCAGCACCUCCAAGAAGUCGUGGCCCAGGGAGAGGAUGUACUAUUAGUGUUGCAUUCAGCAGGAGGCUUCAUUGGAAGCGAAGCGAUGCAGGGAUUGAGCAAGAAGCAGCGCAAAGAGAGCGGGCAGAAGGGAGGAGUGGUGGGCAUUGUGUUUCUGUCCGGGGCAGUGUUCCCAGAGGGCUAUGAGCACCAGCCGCUACCUUUUGCUGUUGUCGAGCCAGAUGUCCUUCUUUUCAACGAUAUUCCUGAGCAAGAAAAGGCCAAAUGGCUGGCUGAGCUCAGGCCGCAGCCCGCGUCAGGGUGGGAUGGCAAAGUUACUUAUACCGGAUGGAAAGAUGUUCCGAGUGUGUAUCUCAUAUGUGAAGGUGACAAGGCACUUCCGGUACCUUUGCAAGAGCAGCUGGCCGCUCUUGCAAACAGUAAAAUCCAAAGAUGUAGUGCUGGCCACGUACCGCAGUUGAGUCAGCCCGAGAAAGUCAUGGAGGUAAUCAAGGCAGCUAUACUUUCAAUGUGA